UUUAGUUUUAGUAACAAAUUUGUUGUCACCGAGGGGGAAAACAGAAUUGGACGAGAUUGUAUGAGUUAUAUGUAGAUCAUGUCUGAGGCUGCUUUUGAGGAAGUUUCUGUUUUAUCCUCCAUUUUCUGCAGAGACGGAGAGUUCCGGUUGGUUCGGCAGUCCGAUCAAGAUGGACUUGUGGUCCAAAUCAACUGCGCUGGUGAAGGAGACAGAGGGCUGAACGUGAGCCUGGUGUUCCAUCUGCAGCCCAGUUAUCCUUCCUGCCCUCCGGACAUCUCUGUCUCUUCCACCGAUCUUUCCAGGACUCAGUGUCACAGCAUCAGACAGAAGCUGCUGGACCGAGCUGCAGGCCUGACCCCAGAGCCAAUGAUCCACCAGCUGGUUCAGUACUUACAGCAGCAGUGUGUGGCGCUGACAGACGACCACAGGGGAGGUACAGAGGUGCUGAAAGACAGAGAACAAGAGGAAGCUUGGACUGCGGUGCUUUUACUGGACCACAUCCGAUCACAAAAUCAUUAUGUUGGACUCUUGGAGCGCUGGAGCCAGCAGCUACAGCUGACUGGGAGACUGCUAUUAGGAUGCAAUAUUCUAAUUAUUCUGCAGGGAGCCAGACACAACGUUAAGGAGUUUUGUCGACGGUUAAAGACGGCUAAGGUGGACGUGGACUCUUCAGGCAAGAAAUGUAAAGAAAGGAGGAUGUCGGUUCUUAUUGAAGCUCCUUCUCCUUCCCCCUCCCAGGAUAGGCUCCAGGGUUUUGUGGUGAAGAACUACGUCUCAUCACCAGAGCUGAGUGCUGCCUUCCACGAGCUAGAACUGACUGGCCUUUAUGAGCAGAUCCUGCCCACAUUGACGUGACUGACCGUGGGAAACUGGCUGCUCACAUGUCUGAAAAAUGAUGAAAGCUUCCUGAUUUCCAUCUCGUACUACAGCAGCCCCACAGGAGCUCCUGGACGGAAGGAAAGGAGCUGAUGGUCAGAUGUUGUUACUGCUGACGCUUCUUUUCACUCCUGAUUCCCACUGAUAUAAAAUUCACAAACCAGAAUUAAUCCUGUUAUUUACCACAACUGUAUGUGUUGUACCAGUACUGCCAUAGUUUGUUUUGCUCUCAGCAAUGUUGUGCUAGUUACUGGAAACAAGUAACUAGAUACAGUACUAGUUCAUUCAAAAAGUAACUCAGUUACUUUAUUGACAACUGACACCCAAAAGUAAUGUUACUGUCAAAAGUAACUUUUUAGUUACUUUUGAAAAAGAACAUUCUUUAAAAAUCUCAUUAAUAUCCUAAUAACUUCAUUACAGUUUGUACAAAAUAUAAAACAAACUCAAACACAGUCAUUUUUCAACACUACGUAAAUCAGGCCAGCAGAUUUUUGGAAAAUCAUCACGCCCAUGAUCACGGCUGUAAACAGGAAGAGGCUCACAGCUGCUGGCUGAUGUAAUUUAGCGAGGAACGGAGGAGGGCUGCACGAUAAAUCCUUUAAAAAUCGCGAUCUCGAUUCACACACGUGAGCUCAUUUCUACACACAGCGAUUCCAAAGCAUUUUAUAUCACAAACUGCAUCACAAAAAAAUGUUCCAAUUUCCUCCAGGAUUUUUUCAAGCGUCCCCAAACGCAGCGCUGCCAUUGCCUCCUCCCUCAACCAAUGGUAAAGCGCCGGUACAACACAUGAUUCAGUGGAGGAAGCCGCCUGCUCUCUGGUCCAAAGGAAAAGUGAGUGAGAGUGAAAGUGGAGGGAAGUUGUGGUAAAUGGACAGUGACGAAAGCUAACUGGUAGUGGUGAGAGUCGGCCCCUCACUCGUACCCAAAACAUGUUCACAUUCGGCAGCGGAGUGGAAGUAUUUUGGAUUUAAAGCUGAUGAUGACUGUGUGAGUUGCAUAGUAAAGUGUGUUUUUCCCUGGUUGCAGCACCACAAGGCAACACCACAAACCUCUGCAAUCACAUUAAACAUCACCACAAAGUGCAGCAUGAUGCAUGGUCUGAGAAUGGUCUGCAUGCAGUACAGACAGACGUCAAUAACCAGACUGAAGCUUGUUAAGUUAUUUACAGCAGAAUAUAGAAACCUGUGAUGCUGGCGCCAUCUAGUGGUGAAGUCUGUAAUGACAUGGCUAAAUGGACCAGAACCAAAGAAUCUGUCUGAUGAAUUGUUUUAAUUUGCAGAGACUAAAACAAAAUGUUGAUCACAUCAAAACUGUGCAGCCAAGUUUUCAGUGUUCUGAAGUUUGAAGCUGGACCUCCUCGCUGUCCAAUCAGAUGGGAGCAAGAGGAGUGAGCAGCUUGUUUUCCCCAAACUGUCCGAAUCACUGAGCCAAUCAGCCCUCAGUUGUAGUUAUUUUAUUAACAUCUGCCUUUCACUUGGUCUUUCAUGCACUCCUCAUCUCCUCCUCUGGGUUCUGGGGGGAGAGAAGAGAAUAGUUGUUUGUUCAUCUCAUAACUGCCACCUGCAUCAACUACGGUAGCCAUGUAUCUGGUUACUAUAGUAAUACCUUGAAAUGAAGAACCUUUCAGUCUUCCAUCGGACCUGAAGAAACCUCUGACUGAAUACUGUGUUUUUUCUUCACUGUGUUCUGUAAAGCGGUGUUUUUCAGUCCUGGUCCUCAGGACCCACCGUCCUACAUGUCUUAGAGAUGACCCUUCUUUAACCUUUUACGCGCCAAAAUCGCAAAAUUACAAGCACCCUGCCAUAUCUUAAACCUGUUACCACUUUCCACCACUAGACGACAGAUAUUUGUAUCUUCAGUGUAACAGGUGAGGUCUCUUCGAAGUUUAUGAGGGAAUCACAUUUGGAAGAAGUCUUAAGGCCCAUUUAUAUGUUUGAUGCAGAAGAUCGAUGUGCAGCCGGAAGGGCAGUUUCUUCAUCUUCUGUAUCGGUUACGCACAUAAUUUGGUCGUUUUCAGGGAGCUUAUUGUGCGAAUAAAAUAAAAUGAAUCUCCAACAACAAGUUCUGCACAAGUCUGUUAAUGACCCAAAUGCUUUGAAUCAGGUGUGUUGCUGCAGGAACACACUCAAGGACCCAAGUUGGUGAUCCCUGGUGUAGAGGAUGUAAAGAAUUGUCCAUCAUGUUCAGGAGCAUCUGCAGCAUUUUUCUCUGGACUAUCUGCUCCAGGGGAUCCAGAUCAGUCCCCAGAAUAGAACAAGAACUUCUGGAUCAUGUUAAAAUAAAACAAUUAAAA